UCUACUGGGUGUAAGGCGCGCCCGUCCCCGCCACGCCCCCGUGGAGAUGCGUCCUCCUACGACCGUGGAGUUCAGAUGUACCAGAGCCCCAUGUAAUAGUGGCUGCUUCAAUGAUAAUCAUUGCUCGUUAAUUUUACGCCUGCAAAGUUUGGUUAAAGAUGGCUGGAUGUUGUAUGUCGGCCGAGGAGAAGGAUAAUCACAGAAUCAAUCAGGAGAUUGACAGGCAGCUGAGACAGGACAAGAAAGACUCGGGCAGUGAACUCAAACUGCUGCUAUUAGGUGCUGGAGAGAGUGGGAAGAGUACCUUCAUUAAACAGAUGAGAAUCAUCCAUGGCGUCGGCUACUCAGAGGAGGACAAGCGAGGCUUCACCAAGCUGGUGUACCAUAACAUCUUUACUGCCAUGCAGUCCAUGAUUCACGCCAUGGAGACCCUCAACAUCCCCUUCUUGGAGGCCCAGAAUAAGGGCUAUGCCAGCAUGUUGAGUGAGGUGGAGGUGGACAUGGUGAAUGAUCUGGAGAGAGGCCAUGUGGACGCCAUCAGGAGCCUGUGGAGGGACGGUGGAGUGCAAGAGUGUUAUGCCCGCCGCAGGGAGUACCAGCUAUCUGAUGCCGCCAAAUAUUAUCUGAAUGACCUGGACCGGAUCGCAAAGGCCUCUUACCUUCCCACUGAGCAGGACAUCCUGAGGGUCCGAGUGCCGACCACGGGAAUCAUCGAGUACCACUUUGACAUGGAAGAAGUAAUCUUCAGGAUGGUGGAUGUGGGGGGUCAGAGAUCAGAGAGGAGGAAGUGGAUCCACUGCUUUGAGAACAUCACGUCCAUCAUCUUCUUGGCCGCGCUCAGUGAAUACGACCAGGUGCUGGCUGAAUGUGAUCAGAACUGUAUGGAGGAGAGCAAAGCACUCUUUAAGACCAUCAUCACAUACCCCUGGUUCCAGCAAUGUUCUGUCAUCCUAUUCCUUAACAAGACCGACAUCCUAGAGGAGAAGAUCACGCGCUCCCACCUUGUCAACUACUUCCCAGAAUACACUGGGCCGCAGAAUGACCCUAAAGCAGCCAGGGAGUUCAUCCUGAAGAUGUACCAGGAGCAGAACCUAGACAGACAGACUGUUUACUCCCACUUCACCUGUGCCACUGAUACAGAGAACAUCCGCUUUGUCUUUGCUGCUAUCAGAGAGACCAUCAUCAAAAAUCACCUCAAGGACUUCGCCAUUAUUUAGAGGAGAACCAAGGCUCCUGUGAGGUUAAGAGACAUCUAGUCUGGUCCCAGAUCUGUAGCAUGUGCUCUAGACAACUCCUCUAACUGUCAUUGACAUGAGUUGGUUAAAGCACAUACAGAUCUAGGAUCAGGCUAAGAGACUUGAGAGUAUAUGUAUAAGGUUGGAACGUUAGAUUGAUGCGGUAGAAGAAAAUGCUUUGACUGCAAGAUUUGUAGCAUGGGUUGGAACCGGUUCAGGGAACAGAACCAAAAACCGGACAAUAACAUUUUUCAAGGAACAGAAACAGAACUGGGAAUGAAAGUGAUCCAUACUGUCCCGGAACAGAACCGUUAUUUGAAAAGCAUGGGAAUCAGUUAAUAACGUUAUUUUACAUUCCAGGCAUUUUAGUUCUAGUCUCACAAAACACAACAAUGCGCCUAUGCAAAGCCCUCACUCUGUCACUCAGAAACAUUUUCCAGUGUUUGCCUGCAAGCUGAGAAUCUUUGCCAGUGUGGGUGCGUGCUUAGGCUACCUGCCCCUCCCCCAUCAGAAGCAUAGGAUUCUGUACUUAUGUUACAAACAUGAUUCAGAAGAUGGGGAGAGACUUUUAAUUAGCUAGAGAAGAAUGGAUUAACUUUUUAUAUGCUAGUUUAGGAUGCUAUGUCCAUUGUUGUAACGUUUCACGUAGGAUUUAUUAACUAUAAAAAGUGUUUCAUUCUGCACACUCAAGCUUGUUAAAAACAUUAAAAGUUCCUCCAUAGAAGCCGCUCCUCCUAGGUAUAAUCCUGUGGACCUAAUUCAGAUAAUGCAUGUCAUAACAAGAUGCCCAGUGCUUCAAACCUCCUCCUCAACACUCUCUCUUCCCAGAGACCCUCAGUUGCAUCUUAGUCCAUAGGCUACACUUAUCUGUCAAUCCUGCAUGUAAACAACUAGCUUGCCUGCUCUAUCUGCACUGAUUGAUGAAGUCAUUUAAUUAGACUUGUACAUACAAAACUGUUGAUUUCACAGAUUUAAAAAAGGAACAGAAAGGAAUUAUAUAAACCGGUACUUUUUGGGGAUUCGAACUGGUUCAGAACUUUAUUUUGCUGUUCGGAACAGUAGAAUGGAACAAAAAAAAAAGUGUUGUUCUGUUCAGAACGAAACGAUUGGAAAAUAAUUUUGGUUCCAACAUGAUUUGUAAUGCUGUUUUUCUGUCCAGAGGUUGAGCAUCUAUACCAUUUGGAAAUAGUAUCUGAAUAAAAACCAUCAGAUCACUAAAGAGAGAAUCUCCUGUACAUAUAUUUUUGAAAGAAAGAAAAGUCUACUCACUGUGACGAGGAUGCCAAAGUAUUUUUUUACCGUAAAAUAUAUUUUUCUUGUAUCGUCUUUGUCGUUCUUUGAAAUGGAUGACUUGAAUUGAUUUAUCUUGUAUGGAGGAAGGAGUUAUGUAUAGCACCUUUUGAUUUACAAAAAAAAAUAACAGUAAAACUAUGAUCUAUCUACAGGUUUGGGGAGUAACUGAUUACAAUUUUGGACAGGUAACUACAAAAACUAACUGUAAUCAGUUACGUUAACAGCUAAAAUAAUGUAAUCAGAUUAGAUACUUUUGAAAAACUAAAAGACUACUCUUUAGAUUACCUAAAAAUUUAAGAGGUGCAAGAUUAAGUUUGUUCCAACUGAGCGAGCCUGACCACAAGUGAGAGACCACUAUGACACACCAAAUAAAUUUGAUGGAUACUUUUUUGUCUUCUUCUAAUGACUUUUAAGGGGACAAUAAUUCAAAAGUAUCUGAAAGUAAUCAGAUUAUGUUACUGAGUUUGGGUAGUCCAUAAUUUAAAAAAUUGAUUACAAUUUUGGACAGGUCCAAUAACUGUAAUAACUGUAUAUAACAUUUAACUGUAAUAACUGUAAUGGAUAACAUUUAGAAAGCAACCUACCUAACCCUGUCUAACACUCCUCAGUGAGCACUAGUGUGAUGAGAGUGCAAGUGGAAUUGUGAAUUCAUUAUUUGUCCAAGUCUUUUACUUGUUUAAAUGUGAGAAAAGCAACACUUGGCUGAAUAAAAUGCUAUUUGUUUUGGUUUUCAUACAGAUACUGUAUUUCUAUAUUAUUUCAAUACAUCACCAUAUAUCUAAACAGUGAAGCAAGCGUACAUGUUUUAGCCAAGUAAUCUGUCCAAAGUGCCUUGCGAGAGGAAUAACAUAGGGACAUUUACCUGAGACUUUAAUUCAUUUAGGAGCAAAUCCUUCCACUUAAUUAAACUUUUCAGCAGUGAGGAUUCACCCCUAAGUGUAUAUGUAUUCUAACAAUAACAGAUUUUUGGUCAUGAAAGAAUUCUGUUCAUAAAUUGUUGUGACUAUUUUCUUAUUCAUUAUGUGCAUCUGUUAUUUUCUACAUGGUUUCUUUCAAAAAUAAAUUCAAGAUACAUUUGUUACGUUUCAAUAAAUUGUUACAGUAGUUAAAUGUAGACUUUUAUUGAUUAAUGUACUGCAUUGUUGAGGGAGCUAGCACAUAAACAUUUCAUACCUGCCUUAAACUGUGCCAAAUAAAAUGUUAUUUGAUGUAAAAUCUUUAUUGGUGCGUGUCAGUAAAAAAAAUGUCAAGCAGAACUGGGGGAUAGACAUAUACAGUGCCUAUAGAUCUAUACCACCUUGAAUUUUUUUUCACAUUUUGUUGAGUUGAAGUGUGACAGAUAUAGAUUUAAUUGUAAAAAAAGUAAUUGAUCUACACACAAUACCCCAUAAUGAAAAAAACCCACAAAAAAACAACAUGUUUUUACAAAUGUUUGCAAAUGUAUUAAAAAGAAAAAACAGAUACCGUAUUUACAUAACUAUUCAGACCCUUUGCUAUGAGACUCAAAAUUGAGCUCCGGUGUAUCCUGUUUCCAUUGAUCAUCCUUGGGAUGUUCCUACAACAAGCAAAGCUGUCAUCAAGGCACAUAUUGGCUACUUUGAAGAAUAUGAAAUAUAAAAUAUAUUUUGAUUUGUUUAACAAUUUAGUGUUUACUACAUGAUUCCAUAUGUAUUAUUUCAUAGUUUUGAUGUCUUCACUAUUAUUCUACAAUGUAGAAAAUAGUAAAAAAAAGUUGUCCAAACUUUUGACUAGUACUGUAUAUAUAUUUUAAAAUCUCUGUUGUUAAUGGCACUGCAUACCUGCUGCAUAAAAACAUGAAAAUUGCCAAUGAGGAGACACAAGCCCACCCAUAGAUGUUAAAGGACCUGGCUGCGAAUCCAGAGUUUUUGCCCCCACCCCUCUGGAAACCUAUUUCUCAAAAGCUACAGAUCACAUUCUGUGCAUGUGUUAUUUUACGCACACAUUUUCUACGUAGCUGCUGCUCACACUCCACCUCCCUCACUUUACACACCGUCUUCUGAACCAUGAUGUAGCCGGAUAUUCCUGAACAGCUGCAACUAAAACCCUUCAGCGAUUUGAACAGACAUUCAAGGCCAUUAUGAAGGCUACAAGCUUCUCCAUCUGUUGUAAUGGAUAAUGCAGUCACACAAGCAGGACGCAGUCCCUACACAUUGAAUUGGGGCAAAAACGUUCUGCGUUUUGGUAAUGUGGUUGCUGCCAUAUCGUUGCCACUAGCGGCAGCACCUUCCAAACUCGGUCCUCAGGACUACACAGCUGAUUGAAAUGAUCAAAGCUUGAUGAUUAGUUGAUUAUUUGAAUCAGCUGUGUAGUGUUAGGGCAAAAACCAAAACGUGCACCGAGUUUGGAAAACCCUGCACAGCAAACCCAGUUGCUGAAAAAUAACUACUACUUAGACUGCCCGUCUGACUCCUGCUUAGCCAAUGUUUGCAAUUCUGAUUUAAAAAAUAACAUUAAAUCACCAAUAAGACUGCGUGUCUUGCUUGUGCUUGAUAUGGCGCCGAUAGACAUGGCAGCUCGACAACCGUGCCAUCUCCUCAUUGGUUAUACCCACGUGGGUGAUUGAAAGACUAAAUGUUUUGCCGGUUGUCAUGGUAAUACUAUGAAAGUGUAGAUGCCAAUCACCAUAUAAGUUCAAAGAUGAAAAAGCCUGGAAGGAGGAGAGAUGACUAGAAACGAUUUGGUUGGCCGUUUUACGUGUGGAUUAAUUGUCGGAGUAGAGGACCUUGUGCAUUUCAGGUAAAAUAAC